ACAACUGGGUUGAGCUUCCAACUUUAUUGGCUGACCCCUCCUGAUGACCCUGUUGGAGUCACGUCCAAUCGGGUCAUAUCAGGAGGGAUCAGCCAAUCGUGAAGAAAAAAUAAAUAAUACUAUUUCAAAAUGGAGAUUGCCUCAAUAGUGCUUUCCGUGCGCUCAGACGCCAUAAUAGGAACAAUAUAGGGAUACGUUCUCUAUCAUUCUCUAUAGGUGGGAGCUUUCCGAACUUUUUUCAUAUCACCUUGUCAUCACAGAAACAUUGAUGAAGAAGAGACUGGCUGCGACUGUUUGUUGUUGAAGCUUUCAUUUAUAGCAUUUAGCCUGCAGAAUGCGUUCCCUUGGCCUGUGGAGUUUGAUGUUGCAUGUGGUCUUUGUUUGUUCCACGGAGUUGACGUUUGAGUUACCUGAUAACGACAAGCAAUGUUUCUAUGAAGAGCUCCAGAAUGGAGUGAAGUUUGACCUAGACUUUCAAGUGAUUGCAGGAGGGAACUAUGACGUGGACUGCUUUGUAACAGAUCCAGUGAACAACGUCCUGUAUCAGGAGAGGAAGAAGCAGUAUGAUAGCUUCUCCCACACCACCACUAUGAAAGGAACCUACAAGGUCUGCUUCAGCAAUGAGUUCUCUACCUUCUCCCACAAGACCGUCUACCUGGACUUCAGGGCCGGAGAGGAGAGACCCCUACUGCCUGACAUGAACAGAGACACUGCCCUGACACAGAUGGAGUCAGCCUGUCUGUCCAUCCAUGAGAUCCUGAAGGUGGUGUCUGACUCUCAGACCUGGUAUCGGUUACGGGAGGCUCAUGACCGCAUCCGAGCCGAGGACCUCCAUGAGCGCGUGUCCUAUUGGUCGAUGGGAGAAACCAUGAUCCUAUUCACUGUCAGCAUCGGACAGGUUCUCAUCCUCAGGAGCUUCUUCAGCGACAAGAAGGGCAGUGUUGCAGCCAACACAUAGAUACUGCUAUAUAUAUUAUUAUAGAUGAUACAUGAUAUAAUACUGGAUUAGUGUUGCAGCCAACCCAAUAUACUGUAUUACAGGUCAUCUGCCACUAGACUGGAACCUUGAUUCCCCACAACACACUGCAGUCCGACAGUUAUAUUCAAAUACUUGAGGAACCAUUCAAUCGAUAUCUGUCUGCUAUUAAGACUUUAGCUUGUGGAUUCUAGCCUCUGAAAAUGUUAAACCUAUAUUUUCUGAAGAUGAAAUACUGUGUUGCAACAGCGGUUUAGUGAUUUCAGUGAAAAUAGGUUAGCAACCUAACACACAUGGUACACCAAGCCUUUAUCUGUUGUUGUUUCAGUGGACAUUCAUUUGUGCUAUGACAUUAAUUUGUGCUAUGACAUUCCUUUGUGCUAUGACAUUCCUUUGUGCUAUGACAUUCCUUUGUGCUAUGACAUUCCUUUGUGCUAUGACAUUCCUUUGUGCUAUGACAUUCCUUUGUGCUAUGACAUUCAUUUGUGCUAUGACAUUCCUUUGUGCUAUGACAUUCCUUUGUGCUAUGACAUUCCUUUGUGCUAUGACAUUCCUUUGUGCUAUGACAUUCCUUUGUGCUAUGACAUUCAUUUGUGCUAUGACAUUCCUUUGUGCUAUGACAUUCCUUUGUGCUAUGACAUUCCUUUGUGCUAUGACAUUCCUUUGUGCUAUGACAUUCCUUUGUGCUAUGACAUUAAUUUAUUGUGUGUAAAACGUUUUGUCUGUGUCUCUCCCUCUCUCGUGUACACAGUCACACACCAUAUGUUUUACUGGCCUUGUGGGGACCUACAAUUGAUUUCCAUUCAAAUUCCUAUUUUCCCUUUCCCUAACCCCAACCCCUCAGCUUAAAAUAGCCUUUGUCCUGGUGGGGAUGUGGGAAAUGUCCCCACCAGGGAGAAUCUUCCUUGUUUUACUAUCCUUGUGGGGACUUUUGGCGAUUUCCGGUACCCAUGAGGAUAGUAACACAGUGCAUUUUGUGCUCAUAAAGUGCAAUUAAUUAACCAUAAUUACUGUCUCUAUGGAUUUGUAAUUCAAUUUGAAAAGUAAAUACCAAUACUACUGCUUUAGUUUGCUGUUACAUGCCUUAGUUGAUUAUUGACUGGUUAUUAUUGUUAAGUGCUCUUUAAACAUGAUAUACGGCUUUGAAUUUAAUUACAAUUCAAAAGACUUGUGACAUUCCAUUAAAUUAGAAGAAUAUUGUCAAAAACCUUU